GGUGACUUGGUGGCCCGGAGCCGGCAGCGUCCGCACCCCGGGAGGGCACGCGCCCCUCUGCGCUGGGCCCCCAGUCCCCGGAGUUGCCCAAGACGCCGGGUGACUCCUCCCCCGGGGACCCUCCCUUCUGGGGCGCGUCACUCUCCCCACCUCUGGGUCCAGACCCCGGCGGCUUCUCGCGCGCGAGCCACGCCGGGGACAAGUGGCGGCCACCUGCUCCGGAGCCCGGCGCGUCGGUCCGGGCGCCCACGGCCCAUGGAGCUGCGGGUCAGCAACGCCAGCUGCGGGAACGGCUCCCUGAUCAACCUCUACUGCUCCUCCCAGAAAGUCCUGUGCCAGAUCGUUGGCGACCUCGGGCCCGAGGCGCCCAGCAAUGCCACCUUUAUCAGCUGGCAGGAGAGGGUCAGGCAGAGCUAUGGCUUCUACAUCGGCCUGGGCCUGGCCUUCCUGUCCAGCUUCCUCAUCGGCAGCAGCGUCAUCCUCAAGAAGAAAGGCCUGCAGCGACUUGUGGCCACGGGGGCCACUCGGGCCGUGGCUGCUGGAGAAGUUGCCAACUUCGGGGCCUAUGCAUUUGCACCUGCGACAGUCGUCACACCUCUGGGAGCGCUGAGUGUCCUCAUAAGUGCCAUCCUCUCCUCGUAUUUUCUGGGAGAGACCCUGAACCUGCUGGGCAAGCUGGGAUGUGUGAUUUGUGUGGCCGGCAGCACAGUGAUGGUGAUACACGCCCCUGAGGAAGAGAAGAUCACCACCGUCAUGGAGAUGGCUUCCAAGAUGAAAGACACAGGGUACAUCGUGUUUGCUGUGCUCCUGCUGGUGUCCUGCCUCAUCCUCAUCUUCAUCAUCGCCCCGCGUUAUGGGCAAAGGAACAUCCUCGUUUACAUCAUCAUCUGCUCUGUGAUCGGGGCCUUCUCGGUGGCCGCUGUCAAGGGUCUGGGCAUCACCAUUAAGAACUUCUUCCAGGGGUUGCCGGUGGUGCGACACCCCCUCCCCUACAUCCUGUCCCUCGUCCUGGCGCUUUCCCUCAGCACUCAGGUCAACUUCCUCAACAGGGCGCUGGACAUUUUCAAUACCUCCCUGGUGUUCCCCAUCUACUACGUGUUCUUCACCACGGUGGUGGUCACCUCUUCCAUCAUCCUCUUCAAGGAGUGGUACAGCAUGUCUGCCGUGGACAUUGUGGGCACCCUCUCGGGCUUCGUCACCAUCAUCCUGGGUGUGUUCAUGCUUCAUGCUUUCAAAGACCUGGACAUCAGCUGGGCCAGCUUGCCUCACACACACAAAAACCCACCCCCGCCUCCCACCCCCGAGCCCACUGUCAUCAGACUGGAAGACAAGAAUGUCCUUGUGGACAACAUAGAACUUGCCAGCACCCCAUCACCAGAAGAGAAACCCAAAGUAUUUAUAAUCCGUUCUUAAAGGUUGGAAUACGUGAGUGAGAGGACGAGCCGAUGGCAUAGCCUGAUCAUUCAAUUUAGAAACCACUUGGUUAUUUUCAGCACAAGCGCCUGGUUACCAAUGGGCUCUCUUUUCUUGAGAUGUUCAUUUAUACCUCAUCGCUGUAUCCGGGAGAAGAAUCCCUACCCAGAAAGGAGUGGUGGCAGAACUUCCUGGAAACACAGCCUCAGUGACCAAAUACUCUAGUUUACAUUGGUGCCAGCAGGUGCAUUG